CUUGGGCAGGUGAGAACGCUUGUGAGAGACAAGUGGGUUGCCUCCUACCUUGCCGAGCAUGGACGUGGGGGUCAGGAUGCACGUGCUGCGGCCAAACGAGAGUUCACCUCAGCCGCCAACAAGCGUCAGAUGCUGAGUUCCAUGCUGGAGUCUGGGCAGGUACCACCCCGGCUUCAUGCAGCAGCCACCCGUCUAAUCAUGGCUUGGACAUCUGAGACGCCCCUCCGCGGCCCACAUGAGGUGGAGGAGGAUGUCAUGAGUUCGUACCGUGGCAGUGGGACUAUGUUUCGGUAUUCAGGGUCGUGGAGCCGUGUGGACGAUGCCGCAAUGUCGGCGGUGCUGGUUGCGAAGGGUCACAAUGGCAUUUCUGAGGUAUGCAGUCGCCUCAAGUGUCACCCCUAUGUGCAAGGAUUGUGGGACGAGUUCUCGGCCUUCAGGCAGCAGCUGGUGUCAAGCACACCUAUCACGCGCUGGACUGCAGCCAUGGAGCUACAUGUGGAAGCUUCGCUUGCGGCCAACCCUCCCAUUCCAUCGGUACACAUACAUUUUAUGUUUGAUGCCAUUGGCAAGACCAUCUCAUUUCGAAAUGAGCCUGGAUUGAAGUUUCGCAACUCGCAGCCGUACAGGUCGCUUGCAGCACCAGUCGCCCGCGGACGGGCUUGCAAACGAGCCUAUGAUCAGGGGCACUUUUACUUGACUCCGCUCAAGACAGGUGCCAUACUCCAUGCCACAAAUGCACCACCGUUCAAGUCCUAUGCAGUGUCUCCAGAAUGGAUCACAAGCAUGUGGCAAGGGGAUAAAUUGUCUCCGGAAUCGGCCAAGGAACUCUAUCUCAAGUGCAAAAAGCACGUCAAACAGUAUUGUGACAAUGUCACAUCACAGGUCCAGAUGACCCAGCAGAGCAACUUGCAGGAACGCCAGGCUGCAGCACAGGCAGCCUUGCUCCGCAUGCAUCGUCCUCGGGUGUAUCUGGAACCAGUGGAACAAGAGUUCUUGCCUCAAUUCCAGGUGGAUGCUUUCAGACGACGCUUCUUGGUGCUGGACGGACCCACGAAGCUCGGCAAGACGACCUCCAGCCUUGCAGGACCCGAACACACUCUGGAGUUGAAUUGUGCAUCGUCCAUGGAACCCCAUUUGCGGGACUUCAACAAUGAUGUUCAUCGCGCGAUCGUGUUUGAUGAGGCAUCUUGUGCCAUGGUUCUCCGGCACAAGAAGCUUUUCCAGGGUGGUGUGCAACCACUGGAACUGUCCAGCUCCAACACGAAUUGCUACUCUUACAAGGUUUGGGUCUAUGGCACGAUGAUGAUCGUCACAAGCAACACCUGGACUGCAGAGUUGCAUGAGCUGUCACCUGAGGACGCAUCAUGGCUGCGUUCCAAUUCGGCGGUUUUGCGUUUGAAACAUGGCUGCCGCAAAUCCAACAGUGGAGCUGCAGCGGUUGCAUGUCUUCGAAGAAAGAUUUCUUCGUUGUCACGGACGAGAAGAGCCGAGAAGCAGCGGGAAGCCAACAUGGGCUUGAAUCCCCGUCAAGUGUUUGUCUUAUUGGCGAUUUAUGUACUUACUGGUGACCCAGCGGUGGCUCUCGAGUAUAUCAGCGCGAAGGCUGCGCGUGAACAGAUGGAAGAGGCAGACGCAGAAGACAAGAAACGAUAUGUGGAAGAGCUGUACCUCAAAACAAGCUUGGAAGACAUAGCAUCGCUGCAGGAUCCUUCUGGUUCGCGGCAGGGCAUUUACAAGACUGCACAGCGUUGGAUUGCCAGACGAAAAGCCAGAAACUUCGUGUGCAAUAUGAAUGCGAUUGGCGUGGCUCCAAGUUCAGAGCAAGUUGCAGAAGAAUAUCGCAAACAAAGUGCGUCCUUUGUGCCAACUACCGAUGCCCGUGGAUUACGAGCCUGGAGCAGUCGCUUCCGUCGCAGUUUUGCCUUCCGGCUGGGCAAGAUGAAAGCGGCCAAGCCAGUGGGAGAUGUUUGUGCAAAGGCCGUGCUCUUCUGGCGCCACGCUGCUUGGUUGGAACGCUCCAGCGCGAAGCAGCCAGUCUACAUCAAUAUAGAUGAAACGGCUUUAGCCUAUUCGUUCCAUGCUGCGCCUGGCCUGAUACAGCGGAAAUUCCACGCAGAGGUUCAAAUUAGACCUCAAGACGCACGUGGGUGCAUCACCCACGUCGCUCUCGAUUCCUCAUGGAAUUCAGCACGACAUAUGGUCUCCUUGCUAACUCUCUUGGGUCAGCUCUUUCGCAUCCGCUUCCCGCAAUAUCAGGCCAUUGUUGUCUUCGACGCGGCCUCGUGCCAUCUUUCUCCGGGCGUCAUAAGAGAAGGACGCCUCCAGGGGUUAUUCAUGCUGCCGGUGCCCCCAGGCAUGACGUCCUACCUGCAGCCUUUAGAUUUAUGGUGUUUUGGACCAUAUAAGAAAUGGUUGGAGCGCGAAAACCGCCAGCAGCGAAUUUGCCAAAAUGGGCUCGCCUUUGCACAGGCAGGCCUUCCCACAUCCGAGCAAAGGUUGCGUGGCAAGCUUGCCUCGCUGUUCCCGGAGGGAAUUCCCAGUCUGGAGCAAGCUUUGUCUCCAGAUGAAUUUGCACAGUUGUUGCCUAAAAGGCACGACUUGACCCGGACUUUUUCUGACUGGGUGGGCGGUCCCCGGCGAGAGGUGCCGGUGCUUUCCUAA